ACAUAAGAACAGAUCAUCUCUGGCAGUAAGGGCCAAGAUCCCGCCCACCUCCUUACUCCUUGCGAGGUGCACUUGUCAGUCGAGCCAGAAUUAGCUCUCACCACAAAACUACACGCGGGCGUUCCGUCUCGCGCCGCCAGAGUAACAGCACUCUCAGACGCUCUCGUGUCUGAACCCCAGCUUUAUUUUUUUUUUAAGUCACAGAGAUAUCGAGACAACAUGUUGCAAUUCAAGAGAACUUUUGAGAACGAAAAACUUCAACUCCAAGAGCUCAACAAGAGACUAAGCCAAUACCUGUCCAGGGUCAAGCAACUGGAACAGGAGAAUGCCUUCCUUAUUACGGAGAUAAACACCAUUAGACAACAGAAAUCGGUAGAAUGGGAAAACCAAUAUAUGCCAGAAUUGCGGGAGCUCAGGAGGGUGGUGGAUCAGCUGGCUUUCGAGAAGUCCAAAGCAGAGAUGGAGCGAGAGAGGCUCCGGCGGGAGUUCCAGACGCUACAGGCACUGUGCUGUCAGGAGUCGGGGUUAUGCAAAAACAUUGACGGGGAACGGAGAGGCUUCGAGGUGCAGCUGCAGCAAGCAGUUAAGAAAAACGCUGCCCUGGAGGAGCACUUGGCCCAGCUCGAUAAUGAGUACAAGUUUCUGGAAGAUGCUCACAGAAAGGAAAUCACCCAUCUCCGUAAAGAGGUGCGUUCCCGGGCGCUGCCCAUUGCUGUCCCGCCGACGUUCCAGGGCGCCCCGACUAUAACGAUGGAGGAUAUCGAGGAAUACGCGCUCGUGCUGUCCGAAACCUGGACUGAGAAUUUCGAGGUGUACCGCAGGAGGGUGGAAGAGCUGGAGGAGUCAAUCAAAUCAGACAAGGCGACACUGGAUGACCUCCAGCGGGAAAAGAUGCAGCACGCGUCCGAGCUCAAGAAACUGCACGCGGAAGCCGAGAAACAAAACAAGCUGCAGCUGCAUCUCGAGGAACAGCUCGUGAACAUGCAGGAGACCUGUCGUCAGGAGAUAGACCAGUAUGUGGCCAUUAUUGGGGAGCUGGAAGAGGAGCGUAAGAUGCUGGCCAACACCAUUGCUGAGAAGCUAAAGGAGCACCAGCAGCUCCUGCAGGUCAAGAUGGGCCUGAGUCUGGAGGUGGCGGCUUACAGGGCACUGCUGGAGGGAGAAAGGAGAGACUCGUCUGUGUGGACCGAUCAGUACGCCAGAGAGCCUUACAGGAGAAUAGAUAUAAAGAUGCCUUCAAAACCAUGGACCGUGACACCCAGGCAAGAGGGAUGGACACAGUAUCCAUCGGGCACAGGGCCUGAGGUCAGAUACAUGGACCUGGCCUCCAGUCUGAAAGCCUCCUUUGAAACAAGUCACUUCAGACCCAUCGGCCCCACCAGGGUAGUCCCUAUCAGUAUCCAUGGAAGGGAACAGCAGAGGUCCCCAGCCAAACAAGAUAUACCCUCCUUCACCAAAGCACCACAGGCUGCCACAAACAUCCAAAAGAAAACACAGGAAGAGACAAGUGUAAGAAUGAAAGAAACCUCACAGAAACCAGCCAGGGGUUUGACAGGCCAGCGGCAGCCAGUCCUGGCAAACAGGUCCAGCCCUGCUUCUUCACCAACAGCAAAAGUCUCAUCGCCUGGGAUGAGCACAACCUCUGCAAACACAGAACAAGUUGCCAAGCAGAAUGUCAGAGGAAUCAAGGCAGGUAACUUGGAUGUGAAAAAAGUCACUGUGAAGCAGUGGACAACCCCAGAGAGAGAGGAGGAGACAAGUAAAGUUUCAGAGAAGUCAGAGGUUAAAGUUAUGAAGGAGGAUCUCAGGGAGGCAGACACAGCAGACACAGGAGAGACACUUCCGAGCAAAGGGAAAAUACUGGAAUCAAUCGUUAUGGAAGAGAUCAUCAAAAAGGUUAUGAGGCCUGCUGGUCUCGACACAAAGAUCAGCUCAUCUCCUGACUCAAAGGUCACCUAUCAGGUGGAGAAAAUGGAAGGAGAGGACGGGAAGACUAAGACUCAGAUCAUCCUGGAGUCAAAGGUGGAGGAGGACUUGGACGUGUCGGACGACUCCGUGCUGGAGGAGCUCCUCAACAAAGGGGCAAAGAAGAUCUCUUUGGAGGACGUCAAGGGAACCCCGACGGGUAGCAUGAUCGAGAACCUCCUCACCCUGGGGCUCCAGGAUGGCACUGAUCUCGGAAACAAGUCGGUCAACGUCGAGAUCAUCGAGGAGACGGUGGAGGGUCAUGUUGAAGAGCCAAGUGAGGUGAAGCCUGAACCAAAAUUCUUCCAGCCCUCCUCAAUGUUCUUCCAGAUCGAGGAGCUGGAGAGCGACUCUCAUGCCACCAGACUCCCACAGAGCCAAGCUGAAACGCGGAAAGAAUUUGUGUCAGGGGACACAGAAUACAGACGGGAUGGAUCAGCCUGGAUCAGGGAAGGGUCCAAAGGUGUGGACUCUCCCUACUUUAGCCAGGCUCAGGAAACUGACUACUUUGUCUCCACACCUGAUGACAGUGUCUCAGAACCCGAGGAGGAGCAUGGAAUUUCAUCUUAUGGAAAUUACGGGGUAGUGGACGACCUGUCAGAUGAAAGGUACUAUCAAGAGGAGCCCCAUAUCACCCAGAGGUUUGAGGAGGACAGUGGAUUCAGAGGGGUGCCUAAGACCACUUACAUGAUGAGUGACCACAGCUUCACCAAAGACAGAUUCCCUGAGUGUAUUAUUGAGGAGGAGAUCCACGUCACCCCCACAGUGCAGGAGUCAAUGCUGGAGAUCCUGAAGGAGGACUCCAUGGACCCAAAGAAGCAACUCAGGGGGGCUCUGGAAAAGCUCCAGGGAAAUGUGUCUGAAUCUCUGAAGGAAGAGCUGGCUCUUUUAUCAAUGAAUGACCAAGAAGGUUCUGAUAAUGUGUCGGUUGACAUCAAGAAGGUGCAGCAAGUUUCAGACAAUGGAACGGUCACCCUCAUGGCCGAGCUCAAUGUUUCCCAGACACUGGAAGAUCCCAGUUUGCUUAAGGGGGAGGGGUUGAGUUCCUCCCACCCGAGCGUUCAACAAAGCAGCACCAGCGGUGCGAGCGGAGGAUGUGCAGCAGAAGUUUUCAGAGACUGGGGCACGGAAGUGCAAGGGAUGCCAUCGACCUCCAGAUCCGAGAAGGUCAUCAAGCUGAGCCCCACCGAGAAGUCGUUCACCUUCCAGAUGGACGUUGGGAAUGUCACCUCUCCUGCCAGCGGGGGCAGGGCCCAGGAGUUCCCAGGGUUCUUCACGCCAGGCCAGAGAUCCGUGGGAGCCAGUGAGGGAGAGGCGAGGGAGGGCGUGUACAGCUACAUGCGCAAAACAGUCGUGAGUGACGACCAGGGUGACGUGUUCACCUAUGGUCAGGGGAGCACGGGCGAGGCCAGGGAUUGGGAGGGCUUUGCCACGCAGCAGGCAGAAUUUGGCCAGGUGCUACAGUCUCAAAUUGUUGACCCUAAGCUAAAGAUCAGUCAGGAGAAGAAAAUUGCCACUGUUUACUUGGAAAGUACAAAGCAUAAUUAGGCAAGGCUUGUCAUACUGGUUAAAUUUUCUCAACUACUGGAUUUGAAACUAUUUUGAUUCAAAUUUAUUUGGUAAAACGUACAUGGAGAAUGUGUGGUUUGGCCUUAGUUCAGGACAGUGAAAAUUAAUGUGUGGGGAGUAAUCCUAUGUCUAAAAAAUUGAUUGAGACAAAAAAAUAUAACUUUUAUAAUGAGCAUCUUGCAAUAUACUAUAUGUUUUUUUUGUUUGAGCUGCGUUAUCAGCAAUAUUCACAUUCUGCUGUGAAGCUUUCAAAGGAACUUUGUUUCCUUAUUUUCUCCUUUUCUUAAAUAUAUAUUUUUGUACUUAAGUACUACUAAUCUUUAGUCUGGCCCUGUGCUGGUAAUAGUACAAAACAAAAAAGUAAUGUUCAUAACUACCUUGCAAAAGAAAGGCUUAUGUAUGUUACCAUCCAGUUAUGCUUUAAAGAGCUUUAUAUUUAGUCAUAUCAUAACACAGAAAGAUACAUUUUUCCUACUAUUAUUCUAUUAUAUAUUACAAUUUGUACCAGCAGUAACAGAUUAAUGGUUGGUUGUUUUGAUGUAUGUUUUGACAUUUAACAUUUUUGUUACAUUUAACAUUUUUCUGUGAUGGAUAUAUAUAAGUUUGCCUGUCAUAUAUGAUAUGAAGUAAUACUCCUACCUGCCUAGAGAAUUCUUACUUAGGAAACACUGCUGUGCAUUUCAGGAGUAUAAUAACUGGAACACAGCUUUGGAUGUCUUCAAAAAAAACUAUCCGCUGUUAUAAUUUUGGAUUCAGAUCUUAGGGCUGCAUGUGAAAUUGAAUCACCCUUUAGUAAGACACACUCCCUGCUGUCUGUUGUCUUUCCUUCCAUUUCCUUGUGGUGAUCUUUUAAUCCUUAAAUGGCAUUAGCUCCAGGGCCACUAAUCCAGACAGCUCGGUUCCUAAGACGGUGAGAGUGAUGAGCGAGUGAGGUUGCCUCUACACCCCCUCCACAGACCUGCACACAGCUAUAUAUCGUUACGCUGCUACCACCUUUCUCAGUGCACUUGAAACACACCAACAGGUGGCUUUAAAAUCAUGCUUAAAACUCAGCUGUUAUUAUAUCCACUGUUUUUUUUAUGGUUUGUCCUUAAAUUUAAACAUUUUCUUUUGUCUGGGUGACCAGUGAAUAAUACAUAGUGAACCGAAAAACGUAACGGUCUGUUAAAUUCAGACUCUCAGAGUUAAGGACGAACUGCGAGUUGUGUAGGACUGUGGUGUUCCAGCUGCGUUUGUGAGAGCUGGGUUUCCUCUAAUCCUGAGCUGGCCUUCACCUUGGGGCAGCAGGUGAGGCCGCCGCGGCCGUGGCUAUUUUUGGACCUGGCGCAAGCUUAGUCACAGGCGGAAGCGGCACCAGCGUGUCGCCUUCACUCAUCUGGCACCUGCCUCAGCAGUGCACUGCUUUACUGUGACACACCAUGCCAACACACACCUGUUACAAAGACAGCGUUACAGACUCAUGGUCACUCGGCUAUCGCAGCACACAUUUUGAUUUGAAAACCUUUUCCAAAUAAAACAGAAGAUUUCAGCAACUAAAGCAGUAUUUUGAGUGUCACACUCAGAUUGCAUUAGCGUUGGAUGUUUGUGACCUUUGUCUUAAUUUGCAUCAUUCGUUUUAUCUUCUUUUCCUGUUUUGUUUUGAUUAUGUAUUGGUCUGCUCUUAGCCAGCAAUGAUGCUAGCAUGAAAUAGUUUUUUUUUUUUUGUUUCUGUUUUCGAAAACUGAUGUUUUUAUUUUACACUGAUGCACUUAUGUAGAGUAUUUAACCAUAUUUUAGAAGGUAUUUGUUUGUUGAUAGCAGACUUUGUUCUUUGAGUGAGUGCAGGUGUCGCUGCAUGCAUUACACCAGAUAAAUGUAAGCUGAACUUGGAGAAAGGCACUGUGGCACCACGAAAAACAUUUUUUCCUCAACGUGGACUCCCACAUUUUCUGAGUGGAGCUCUUCCUUCACACAAUUUAUCAUUAAUAAUUGGAAUCAUUUAUAAAGGGAACGCAACAAGAUGCAUUCAUUUCUUUAUUAGAAACUGGAAUUUAAAAGAGGCAAAAUUAAACCACUUUGGCAGCUUUGUAUUUUACCCAAUGUUUUGGAAUUGGUCAAUACAGCACAAAGGAAAAUUAAACAAUUAUUUC